UUGAAUGCAGUGUCUCAAUUAAGUUGUGGCAGUUCCGGUUCACCCUACUCUCCUCUCUUCUCUCCCAAAAAACAUCAUGUCUGCUCUGGCUAACAAAAGCUUGGCCUCUCCUUUCCCUUUGAUUUACAGCCGUCACUCCACUCAUCACUUUUCGAAACCUCAAUUCUUACUCCUCUCAAACUUCAAGCCCUUCAAAACUUGUUCACCUCUCUCUGCAACACCACAUGCUUCCACUCCUCAUCCUUCCCUUCAAAUUUUCCUUCCUUUUCUUCAAGAACAAGAACAAAAAUCAAUUGAAGAUGAACAUGAAGAUGAAGAAAAAGAAGAAGAAAACCUCAUGGAUCCAAUUCUCAAUUUUUUCAAAACUCAAACUUCAAUUCAAGACCCACCUCGCCUCGGAAAACUCUCUCUCCAAAAGAACCGCCGGUCUUCUUGGCACCUCUCUCCCCAUAUCAAUUCCAUAAAUCAACCCGGAACUCCCAUCGAUUCUGAUUCUGAUUUCGAUGACGUUGUCAUUCCAAAAGAAGAAAAACAGCAUGCAGAGUCUUCACCCCAUUGUCCUGUCAGUGAAAUCUUACAAAUUGCGAGGAAUCUGCCGGAGAAUUCCACUUUAGGUGAGGUCUUGGGGAGUUACCAUGGGAGAGUUAGUAAAAGAGAGUGUGUUCAACUGUUGGGGUUAAUGGCAGAAGAAGGUCUUUUGAUGGGUUGCUUGUAUUUUUAUGAGUGGAUGAGAUUGCAUGAACCUUCGCUUGAGUCCCCACGCGCUUGUUCUGUUUUGUUUCCGAUAUUGGGGAAGGCUAGAAUGGGAGAUUACUUGAUGAUUUUGUUCAAGAAUUUGCCUCAAAGCAACGAGUUUAGGGACGUUCAUGUUUAUAAUGCUGUUAUAUCAGGCCUUUGUGCGUGUGGACGGUACGAUGAUGCUUGCAAGGUGUAUGAGACAAUGGAAAUAAAUAAUAUCUGUCCAGAUCAUGUAACAUGUUCCAUAAUGAUAACAGUAAUGAGAAAAAGUGGUCGUAGUGCAAAAGAGGCAUGGGAGUUCUUUGAGAAGAUGAACAGAAAAGGAGUCAAAUGGAGUGAAGAAGUUAUGGGUGCUCUGAUUAAAUCUUUCUGUGAUGAGGGGCUCAAGAAUGAAGCCCUUAUUAUCCAUAUGGAAAUGGAGAAGAAAGGAAUCUAUUCAAAUGCCAUUGUGUAUAACACUAUUAUGGAUGCUUAUUGUAAAUCCAACCAAAUUGAAGCAGCUGAAGGUCUUUUCCAUGAGAUGAAAAUAAAAGGUGUUAUGCCCACCUCUGCCACCUUCAACAUCCUUAUGAAUGCAUACAGUAGAAGAAUGCAGCCUGAGAUUGUUGAGAAGCUACUGUUAGAAAUGGAGGACAGUGGAUUGAAGCCAAAUGCUAAAUCAUAUACAUGUCUUAUCAGUGCGUAUGGUAGGCAGAGGAAGAUGAGUGAUAUGGCUGCAGAUGCUUUCUUGAAGAUGAAAAAAGUUGGUAUAAAGCCAACUUCGCACUCUUAUACAGCACUGAUCCAUGCUUAUUCUGUCAGUGGCUGGCAUGAGAAAGCUUAUACCGCAUUUGAAAACAUGAGAAGGGAAGGUAUUAAACCUUCCAUAGAAACCUACACUGCACUGCUGGAUGCGUUUAGGCGUGCUGGUGACACUGAAACAUUGAUGAAAAUAUGGAAAUUGAUGAUCAGUGAAAAGAUUGAAAGCACUCGAGUGACAUUUAACAUUCUUCUUGAUGGAUUUGCGAAACAGGGUCAGUACAUUGAAGCAAGGGACGUGAUAUCUGAAUUUGGGAAGAAUGGUUUGCCGCCCACAUUAAUGACAUAUAAUAUGCUGAUGAAUGCAUAUGGACGAGCAGGGCAAACCUCAAAGUUGCCCCAGCUAUUGAAAGAAAUGGCAGCUCUCAAUCUGAAACCUGAUUCAGUUACUUAUUCUACCAUGAUCUAUGCCUUUGUCCGUGUUCGUGAUUUUAAGAGGGCAUUUUUUUAUCACAAGAAGAUGGUAAAAAGUGGACAAGUUCCAGAUGUCGAAUCCUAUGAAAAGCUAAGAUCAAUUUUGGAUGUGAAAGCUGCAAAAAAGAACAGAAGGGACAAGAGUGCUAUACUUGGUAUAAUUAAAAGCAAAAUGGGCAUAGUGAAAGCUAAGGGAAAGAAAGAUGAAUUCUGGAAGUACAAGAAAAGGCAUCCUAGACCUCAAGCAACUCGUCAUAGGUAGUAAUGAUGUGCUAUUCUUUGAGAACUUCAUUAUAAGAAACCUCAGUGGAUCUUGUUGGGUCUGUCUAAAGGAAUCAUUUUGCUAUGUAAUGGCUUGCCCUUAGGAUGGUUUGAAUUUCCCCUUUGGAAUCAUUCUCCUCUACCAAGAUACAAUCCGAACCAUUGAGGGACAUGUGUCAACAUCAAAAGGCUUCAAAAAAAUUUUCUAUCCAUUAACAAACCCGAAGAUAGGCUGCCGUGAAUUUGUACCACUUACCUGGUGAUUUUUAGGAAUUUUUCUAUUCAUGCUUUGAUGUAUAUAGAAAUUCUUUUGGUUCACUUAAUCCCCAUAUGUGACAUACAUGGCUUCACUUACCUUUCCGGAGAUUUUUAGUUAAGUUUUAAUGAAUUGAUUGAUUAAGGUA